AUGGUUGGCUUCUCCUUCGGCCGCAAGACCGUAUGGCAAUAUUCACACAGCGCAUCUAUCUUCUCUGCAGUUCUUCUCUUCACUGCAGGCUUCCUCUGCACAUUGCUCUGGACAAAUGACAUUGUUCACACCGAAACGAGUGCCGGAGGCUCUUUGACUGGUACAUUUACUUCUCUAAGUCCGGCCGUCUCGACCUUCAGCAUCACCUACCAAGUGGCGAUCUUUGGAACGGCAUGGAACGCGAUCCUUUUUGUCACGCUUCUCAUCCUGGAGCGCGAUGCCUUGCCCAUAUCAACAACACGUCUACGUUACGAGAUCGAGAAGUCGGCCUGUAUCGUUGCCAUCGCUGGGAACGCGAUCUACUCCGUCGCUUGUAUCGCACUGAUGGCAACGCUCGCCCGAUUGGCGGCCGAUGCCAGCUCAACACCGAGAGAUGAUAUCCCAGUCGAGUUGGCGAACAAGAUCGCUGGCAGUGCGACUGAUCGGGCCGCAGGCCAAGGCGUUACUGCAGCUAUCGCGGGUAUCGCAGCGUUUUGCGCGGUGUGGGCAUGUUUUAUGGACGGUCUACAUGCGCAGAACAGUCGACACAGGCGUAUCGUCAAAGAAGAGCCACUUAGCCCCAGGGCCGAUGCAAGCAAGCAGGCAUAG